AUACAUAGCCUUCACUAAAGUCUCUUAACAAAAUGUCCACCACUGUGGUCGUUCAGCAGCCUGUUGCAGGCACAGGCAAUCCCUUGAUGGUCACAGGUAUAGACGGUCACAGAAACUGGACCACUGGACUCUUUGAUUGCUUCUCAGACAUCACGUCAUGCAUAAUGGGGUACUUCUGUCUACCGUGUACCGUCUGUAACUUGGCCUCCAGGACUGGGGAGUGCUGCUGUAUGCCGUACUGUGUUCCCGGGGGAACGGUCGUUAUGAGAAGCAGAAUAAGAACCAUUGGAGGCAUCCAGGGAUCCGCCUGUAAUGACUGUUUGGUGUUGUCGUUCUGCGGCGCAUGCGCUGUGUGUCAGAUGCAAAGGGAGCUCGACAACAUGGGAGUCCCAUAAGAAUGGGAUCAUUUUAACAACUAUUUUUUCUUCAUUAUCAAAGACAAAAGUUUAUAUUACAUUUUGUUUGAACAACUUCUGACUUAUCAUAAAUGAACAAAUUUAUCUGAAUAUAAUUUUUGUCAAAAUAUAA